AUGAUGGUCACUUGCCUGCUCCUCUCCAGCAUCUGGGCUGCUGCUCCAGCCUCUGUGCAGGUGAUGAACAGAAAGGUCCAGUCAGUCCAGGUGGGAGGAAACGUGACUUUUUCAUGCCAGUCAGUCACGAGAGAAGAUGUGAUACAGGUGACGUGGCAGAAGGAGACGCACGGGGCUGAAGACAACAUAGCAACUUACAGUACGAUGAAUGGCCAAAAGAUAACCAAGGCCUAUGUCAGCCACGUGAGCUUUGCCCACAGCGAGUUACAAGCCUCAGCCAUCUCCCUUCAUGGAGUCACCCUCCAUGAUGAAGGAUGCUACAAAUGCAUCUUCAACACAUUUCCCUCGGGGGCUGUCGCCGGCAGGAUGUGUCUCAAGGUUUAUGCCAUCUCAGACCCCAUAGUGGAAACUAAGAUUAUACCCAGUCCAGAUAAAGCUGAGGACUCUGAGAAAAUGGUGGGGAUGAGCUGCUCAGCAACAGGGAAACCAGCUCCAAAAAUAAUUUGGCACCUUCCCAGCAUCCUGCAGCAGAAACCAAGGGAAUACCACAUAAAGUUCAGCAACCAGACCGUGACUGUCAUCAGCAAUUUUACCCACACCCACUCCAAAAUCCUUCGGGAGUACCCCAUCACCUGUGCAAUCCAACAUCCUUCUCUAAAUGUGACCCUGGUCCUGCCCACAGACAGCCUGGAGCAGGGUCAGUAUAGCAGCAUGGCACCAGCCAUUGCCAUUGCAGUGGGGGUCCUGGUGCCCCUGACUUCUCUUCUCCUUCUCACCUGCCUUCUUUACCUCUGCCUCAGGCACCUACGUGACCCAGAGAGAAACCCAACCUGGCCAUGCUGGUAUAUGCGUAGCAUGUGCACCCUGGAUUUUGGUGAAAAUUUUGGAGAAAAAGAAGCAGUGGAGGAAAUGCAACAUGUGUCUUCCAUGGGUGUUAUACCUCUAGGUCCAAGCUGA